AUACACACGCGCACAUACACACCCACACAGACAGACACGCGCACACACUCUGCGCCUGCUGUCACGUACAGAAAAACUGAAACUAAGUCCAGCAGAACCAGUAUCGGUGUGGACUCCGUCCUCUGUCAGUCCUUCGGACCAGCAGCACUGAAGCAUCGUCAUGUCUCUGCCCGCCGUGUCCCGGCUCUUCAGGAGCGCGCUCAGGACUCAGCUGGUCCCCGUGGCUAACGUUUCGUCCAAACCCGCCAAACACAAUGUCACAGCAGGGGAGCAGGUAAUUGGUAUGACAGUCCUGUUUGUGACCAUCCUGGGUCCCUCUGGCUGGAUACUGGCUCACCUGGAGGACUACAAGAAGAACAAGUAGAGGAGGGAGGACACAGCAUCGUUCAGGUCCGGAUGCAGACGCAGGCCCUCAGACCCGUGGACCCGCCGACUUCCCCUCCAGGUCUCUGCUGCGUCUUCCCUCGGCCGAUGAGAUGAAAACUUUCUGCCUCCGACUUGUUUGUUCACUUCUGAGCUGUGAUAAUGUACAUCUGUGCACCUGACAACCACUGACCAAUAAAUACAUGAUAAAUCUGUA